UUCAGAAUGGCGGUGACUUCAUUUGUUAUUUUCUUAGCAAUUUUAUCUACGGGUUUUUCUUUUCGACAACAAGGAAUUCUUAAGAAACUGGAUCAAAAUAUUCAAUUAGAUGGCAGAAAUAAAAAAGAUAAUCGCCAUAUUAUUGUGAACAUACCCGAAGUUGGAAAAGUUCGGGGACGUAUUGACAGUACUCAGUGGAGCAACAAAAUUUUGUACGAGUUUAUCGAUAUAAAAUAUGGUGAAUCACCUUCUGGAGCGCUUAGAUUUAAGCCUUCUGUACCAGCGAAACCUUGGAAAAAUAUACGCAAGGCUUUUACGUCCAGGGGAGGAUGUCCGUCAUUACAAGAUGGAAUGUCACUCAAGUUGGCUGAUGCCAAUAAGGAGCGAGAUCUUGAGGAUUGUCUAUUCCUUUCAGUUAGCACAAAAUCUUUCAAAACUCAAUCCCCUGUGAUGGUCUACAUUCAUGGGGACUUUUUGUACGAAGGAAGCUCCUUAGAGGCUCAACCAGGCUACCUACUCGAAGAAGAUGUCGUCUUAGUAUCAAUUCGUUAUCGUUUGGGACCGUUUGGCUUUCUAUCAACGCUUUCUUCAGAUAUUCCAGGAAAUGCCGGUGUAAGUGAUGUCAUACUUGCUCUUCAAUGGAUUCAAAAGAAUAUCGAAGCAUUCGGAGGUGAUCCAUCUAGAGUGACACUUUUCGGACAAGUUGGUGGAGCUGCUUUAAUAAAUGUCCUCACCAUGAGUCCUUCAGUUCCAAAAGGACUGUUCCACCGAGUCAUAUAUCAAUCUGGUUCUGCUUUAUCACCGGCCUUCAUUACCGACGAUCCAAUGAAUGCCACCAAAGACAUUGCUAGGCAUGGGGGAUGCAAGAAUCUGGAAAAAUUGGAUUCGUUGAAUAGCUGCCUGUUGAAUAUGAAUGUUAGCACGCUUCUUGGGGCAUUUAGAAAACAUGGCAGUUUACAUUCCCAAAUGGGUGUUGAUGGUAGUUUUGGAGGAGUUAAGUUUGUCAUUGGUGGACCAAGUGGUAUUCUUCCAGAACACCCUGGCAAGCUAUUGGCUUCCAAAUCCUACCAACCUUAUCCAACGAUGGGAGGAACUGUGAAGAAUCCUGGGACAUUUAUAUUAAAUGAAAUUUUUUUAAACAACUUUAAUGAAACAAUCCUGGAUGAUGUCUUUGAUGGCUAUGGGUAUAUAGAUUACAUUAUUUCGCAAACUAAUGGUGCCGAUCCAACUUUGGCCUGGAAGAAAUUCGCAGAAACCGAACUCUUCACCACCGAAAAAAUUAAGAACGGCAGCUUCUAUGGCAUGCUUCCUGGGCUGAUUGAUAUGUGCGGAACGAUUGCCUUCAAAAAUCCAGUUCUACUCGCGAUACAGUCAAACGCUCAGCACCUUGCCAACAAUACUUUCCUCUAUAGUUUCGACUACCGAGGAGAAUCCAAUCGCUAUGAGAAUUCGGAAGAUUCUGAAUUUGAUGUAACGCCUUUUGACUUGGGAGUCUCUCUAACCGAUGAGAAUUUGUAUCUCUUCCCAUGGCCAUGGUAUGCUGUGCUUUCGAAUAACCGUGAUAUUAAAAUUGCCAAACGUCUGGUAGCAUUGUGGUCUAGUUUUGCUGCAACUGGCCGGCCGAAGGCCCCUGGCAUACCGGAAUGGCCUCCAAUGACCAAUGAGACAGGACCGUAUUUGAAGAUUGGAGAGGUUGUAACAAUUGGAGAGAAUUUUUUGAAUGAGUACUCGAUAACGGUUAAGGAAACAGAAAUGGGAAAUAAUCUGGUUAACGACGAGUAUUUUGAAAAUUUGGAAGUUAUUGAUAAUGGUGAUGAAGAUGGUAGUGGAAAUGGAGACAACGAUUAUGAUGUCGAAGAGCAAGAAGAUGUCAGUAAAGGGAAACAAAAAAAAAGAAGAAAGAGGACAGACUCCCAGAAUAAAAUCGAAGCUAAUGGUAAUUUAAGUUCUUGAAAUUGUUUUAUAUCCGGCUUUUUAAAGAGAUUUUGUUAGUAAAUAAAACGCAACAAAUUUGAGUUA